CCCCAAUCGAGUUUCAGAACACGCGCACCCCUUCUCUCUCUAUCUUUCUCUCUCUCUCUCUCUCUCUUCUCCUCGUGCUGCUUCGACUUUAAUCCCUAGAGAACCGCCGUGCCGAACUUCCCCCCCUCGCGGUGGUUCUCUCGCAAUCCCGGCCCCCCGUGGUCCCCCGAAUCUCCGGCGAUCUGUCCGUCUCCGGUCGCCGCCGCCGUCCGUCCGGCUAGGUUUCCGGCCCUCGCAUUUGGUCGGGGCCUCGAUCUCCUAUUCCCCCUACCGCGCGGUUUUGAUUCCGUAGUUUUGCUCCGGUCCGCGAUUCGGCUAAGCUCGUGUUUCAGUUCGGGACGUUCUGUAGAGUUUAAUUAUACAGUUCCGGCCGGAGUUUUGUCGGAGCGAUUUGAGGAAGUAGGGUUUUUUUUUUUGUUCGGGUUCGGGGGCGGCCGGAUCUUAGUCUGUGUCCGGAGUGUUGUUUGGGGAUUUGAGGUUAGGGUUAGGGGUUUUUUUGAAUCGAUUACCAGAUGCCGAGGAGUUCGCGACACAAGUCGAGCAAGCACAGCUCGAGGGACGCGAGGGAUUAUUCCGACUCGGAGGAUGACUCGAGCUUGAAGGAGCGGAAGGGGAACGAGGAGGGCAAUGCUAGGGUGCUGAAGGAUGCGGGCCCGAGCGAGAAGCGGAAGGUCGAUUCGAAGGAUGGCAAGGAGCUGUACGGUUCCGGGAAUGGCGAGUACUUGGAUGACUAUGGUUCUUCGAAGAGGCGGAAGGAGAAGGUGGUGGAUGGAGCGGGUGACAGGUGGAACGGCGGCGGUGGUGGCGAAGCGGAUGAAAGAGGCGGUGACAGCUCGAAGAAGGCAAAGGGGGCGAGCGAAUCAAAGAGUAGGCGAAGGGACGAUGAGAUUGAGGAGAUGAAGAGGAGUGGUGGAAAGAGUGAAAAGCACAGGGAGACGAGUCGGAAGGAGGGGAGAGAGAGCGAAAGGAGAGGGAGAGAAGCCAAAGGCGAAAAAUCAGGUGAUAACGAAGAAGGAAGGAGCUCUAAACGUGAAAUUACUACUGAGUCAAGAGCAGAGGCAGCGGUGCAUAAUCCUGACUCAUUAUCGGAAAACCUCCUUGAAGGACGAAGUAAGAGGAGGAGAGAUGACUCUGUUGAUUGGAGCAAGUAUCAAGAUGACAUUGGCGAUGGAAAGAAUAGGCAUACUUCUUCUGUGGAGGAUGCUGCGAAGGAUGUGAGACGGAAAGAUGAAAAGCAGAGGGAUGAUAGAUACAGGGAUCGGUACCGGGAAGAGGUUGACAGGGACAGCAAGAACCGUGUUGAAAAGAAGAAAGAUGAGUUUCCUGCAAAAGAUCGCACUGGAAGCAAAUCCAAUGAUAAGUACUUGAAGGAUGAUCGAGAUAAUACUGAGGCUCGACAGAAGAAAUCUAAAGCCCAUGAUGGACUCCGUGAGCAUGACAUCGAUUCUGCCCGUGAUUAUGACCAUGACAGGGACCAGGACAGGGACAGGGAGAGGGACAGGGACAGGGACAGGGAACAUGAUCAGGAUGGAUACCGAAAUCGAGAUCGAAUUCGGAGUGGUGAGCGUGAUCGUAAUCCUGCUCGGGAUAAGGAGAGGGAUCGUGAUUGGGAGCAUGAUCAUGAUCGAGACCGAGACCGAGACCGAGACCGUGACCGUGACCGUGACCGUGAAUGGGAGGUUGAGCUUGCUCAUCAUGAUGAUAGGAGUAUUAAGUACAAAGAUCGCAGAGGAAGGAAAAGAUCUCCAGAUGAUCACGAUGAUUAUGGUGAUAGUAAACUUAGAGGUAGUAAAGCUCAUAAUUCUGAUUCAGAAAAGAGGUCUUUGAGUGGAAGCAAAGUUGAGGUAGAUGGUAGAGUUGGAUCUCAAUCUCGUCAAGCCCAUGCCGAGAUCACUGUGAACAGCAGUAGACGCCGAGCCUCCCCGACUUUAAGUUCACAUGGCGGCACCGAUGAACAUAGGAAUGUUAGGCAAGAUGACCUAAAGUACAGGGAUCCGCCUAACGAGACUCGGCUGAAAGCAACAGAGAGGGGUUCAAAAUACAGAUCUCUGGAAAAGCCAGGUAAAAUGGAUGAGGGUCACUAUGUGGAGUUGUCAGGUGAAAGAUCUUCAAGCUCCAAGGCGUCACCCAUGGGUUUGGUGGAAAGAUCUCCUUCAUCACCUGGUCUAGAGCGUAGACAUGUGCAUAGAACUGGUGUUAGGAGAAGUCUUGAUGUGGAAGAAGGACGAAGUAGCCGUGGUUCUGCUGAUGCUAGAGAUGUGUCUGUUGGCGAGGGAAGAUUCACUCGUGAUAUACCUUCAGACAAACCAGUAUUAGAUGAGUCUCCUCAAGCAGAUUCGUCUUUCUACAAUAGACCUGGUCAGAGGGGUUCUUCAAUACCUCCACCACCUUUCAGGGUUGGAGUGGAAAGCCCUACCUUCAUGGGAUUGGAAGAAGACGGCAGGAAUAACCUAAAUGCCCGUUACAAGCGUAGUGGGGAUCUGAACUUGGGGAGAGGACCCAUGAAUAAUUGGAGGAGUGUUCCAAAUUGGCCUUCUCCGGUACCAAAUGGUUUCAUGCCUUUCCAACAUGGACCACCUCAUGGAAACUUCCAAGGAUUGAUGCCACAUUUUCCUUCUCCUCCAUUAUUUGGUGUUAGACCUCCAAUAGAUAUUAAUCAGUCUGGAAUACCUUAUCAAAUGCCUGAUACUGACAGAUUUCCUGGCCAUAUGCGCCCACUUGGAUGGCCAAAUAUGAUCGAUGCAUCUGGCCCUCCUCGCUUGCCUGGAUGGGAUGUGAACAGUGGUGCUUUGAGGAAUGAACCUCCGAUUUAUGCUGGACCUGAUUGGGAUCAUAGUAGGCAUCCGGUGAAUAGUCGAGGAUGGGAAAGUAGUGCAGACAUGUGGAAGGGGCAUUCCGGGGGUGCUAAUGUGGACUUGCCAUCCACAUCCCAUAAAGAGUCCGUUCCGGCGCUCGUACCUGUGAAUGAAGGUCCUGCCGGGCAGGGAACUCAAAAGGCUAAUAAUGAGGAUAUCCAUGAGGUUGUUCAGGCAAAAGCUGCUGAAACCAAGGCUAGUGUUGCUUCUUCUGAGAAAGAAACCUUCAAGUCUUCUACAGAGAUAGCCGGUGAAAGCAAACCCGAUUCUUCCAAGUUAUCAGAAAGCAAUAAGCCAAUAAAUAUUAGCGGGUUCUAUCUUUCUAAGCUUGACAUCUCAGCAGAGCUUGUUCAUUCGGAGGUGUAUCAGUGCUGCUUGAACUUAUUGGAUGGGGAACCAAAUUCUACUGCUGAUGAAGACCCCAUAACGCGUGUCAUUCUUAAGAAUCGCCCAAGAUUGGAGCCGAAGGCAUCUGGUGGUUCAUUGAGCAGUUCGCUGUUUCCUGCUAUAGAUGAUUCUGUUUUUCAGAAAGCAAUGGACCUGUACAAAAAGGAGAGGCUGGAAACUAGGGAUGUUGCCAUGUCUAAAGGUGGAUUGCUUGAUUUUGUAUUGUCAACUACCCUUAAUAAGGUAAAAGUGCAAGAUGGAGUCUGCCAUGAGGUUGAGAAGCAAGAGCCAGCUCACACAGUUGAUGAAAGGGUACAAUCACCUACUUUGGCUGCUGAUCAAAUGGGAGUAAAAGCAAUGUUAAGUGCUGCGGGGGAGGAAAAGCUUGGGGACUUGGUUGUGAUUUCUAGAAAGGAUGUUCCAGAACCUAUCCUCGUUUCUUCUUCCCAGAAAUCAGGACAAGUUUUGAACGGUCAGGAUCUGGGGGAAGAUCUGAAUGGAUUAUCUCCUGGGGAGGAGGGAGAUUUGGUACACAAGUCCGUAAUUCUGGAUGAUGCACGUGCAGAUCACAUUUUAUCGAGUGAUCAUGCUUCACAAGCUGCUGCUGUUUUGCCCAUUGAUGACAGUGGCAUAGAGUUGGCGGUCAAGACUGCAAGUGAUCUUGUUUCUGAGGAAACCGGGCAUUUUGGUAAUAAAGUAGGUGAUUCUUUAGUUGUUGAUGGUCCUUCCAGUACCCACGAGGCAUCAAUGCCUGGGUCAAAUGAGUCUCCCCUGGUAAAUUUAAGUCGGAUACAUCAUUCUCCUGAAAGUACACAUUAGACGAUUUCUAUAUCCAUGCAUUUGUAUGUGCUUUAGUUUCAAAGUUUAUCUGCCUUCUCCUUAUCAUGUUUCUCUCCCCUUUCGGCAAGGAAAUAAAAGAAAUCUUGUCUCUGGCCCCCCAGAGAGGAGGUUUUUGGCA